AUGACGAGAGCAGAGGUCGGCUGGAGUGAGUACGUUGCAAAGAAGAACGCGGCGAGAUCCUUGGCUAUACACCGUGCAGAGUAUGGGCUCAACCUCUGGGCCCUGGUAAACGCCGAAUGCCUGACCUUUCAGGAGGACCGCGAUCGCGUAGACCGCUUCGGGGGCAGCUUGCUUUCCCAUUUCCAAAGGGACAGCCGCAAAGUUAUAGCAGCUGCUAGACGAUAUGCCACAAAACUACUUCCUACGCCUGGCGAGCCGCUGAACGGAAUCGAGAGAGUCGUGGUUCCGACCGACAUCGAAUACAUCCGUGGAGAACAUGUAAAGAACCUCGGAGCGACGAGACGCGCAAAGUCGCUAUACAAGGACAAGCUGGUCGUCUACAUGUUGGAAAGGUACAGGUGGCGCUCGAUGUUCGCCGUUGCAAGUACAUAUCGCUCGCGCCACAUACAGAGGGUGCAUCUGCAGCCGGGGCAAGAGAGGCCUAGUCAGACGUGGAGUUCCAAUACUGAGCGCAUCCACGAGGUCACGGAUAGCGGCCCCGCCGCCGAAGGCUCCUUGCUGGAGGAGACGUUCGAACCAUUGGACCUGGAUGCGACAGAAGAGGAUACCGAGAUAGAGGGGAGCGAUUCCGGUUGCAAAUAA